GCCGAAAUCGAGCAGUCGCCGCAAAUAUAAGUAGAUUAGUCAACAAUAUAAACAACAAGUCGAUUCUGGCUGAAAAUUGCCCGAUUUUUGGCGAAAUUCUUGGGACGAGAAGCUUGAAAACACACUGGAACGAAACAUGUAAUGUCCUUCGAUGUCCUGGCUUGAUUUUCGCGUCGAUUUCGGGACGAAGACGUCUGGAAUCGUGCGACGAAGUUUGACAAAUGAAUCUUCAGGAAUUCCCUUCAGAUUCGGCGUCUAAAACUGGUGGUAAAAUUCAAACUAAUACAACACAACCACAGAACUUCAACACAAAAGUAAAUAAAACCAGGCCUUCGAGUGGAAUAAGGACAAAUACGAAUACUAAAAGUGAAGAUGGCAAAUCAAUGCCUACUGGAAAACUCUUGCUGGAAAAACAAAUGGAAGAACGCAAACGAAAGAACGCUGAAAGAAAGGCCGCCGUUGAAGACCGGCGAAGGCAAAAAGAGAAAGAGGAUAUGACAAAGAAUGCAGCCUUGAGACAACUUCUAGAACACAAGGCUCCCACCUCCAAAACAAGUAGUCGAAAAUUGCCUACAGUGCCCCACAAUGGAGCAGCCGCUGGGAGGCGGGAGACUUCCGCAACACGAAGGCUUUCUUCAAGUUCCAGUUCAAGCGAAGGUCACACCCCACCAGGUUCUGGGAAGGGUGGACGGAGUACACGUCGGAAUUUAACGGGGCCCUCCUCCGCGUCCACCUCCAGUUUGAAUAGCUUUGGUGGCCCGCAACAUUUGGGCAGGCCCCAAACAAACCUCGGUGCAUCAAAAAGAACAAGCUCUAGUACUAAUAACUUGAAUGACGGUGGUAAAACUGGGCAGCGGGCCAAAGACACAGGUGCAGGGGUGACUGCUCGGAGGAGCGUGGGGGCAAAUAUUCCAAAGGCUCAAUCCAUGGGUGCCAUACAUCAGGUUGGGGGGCACACCAAACCCUCCAGGCCGCCAACCGGGAAAAAGACGAAGGCUAAACCGAAGCCCACGCACCAUGCUGGGACCAGCAACGAGGCAGAAGCGGGGAGGGCUUUAGCAGAGCAUCGAAAGAAGAUGCGAGAGGAGGCGGAGAGAAAGGCUUUGUUGGAUAAAGAGAAACAAGAAGAGUUGAGGAAACAGCGCGAAGAAGAGGAAAUGAGACUAGCUGAAGAAAAGGCGAAAGAAAUGGCCAGGCAAGCGGAACUUUUGGCAGAACUUCAGAAACAGGAGGAAGAACGGUCUCGUUUGCUUCGAGAAGAUCGUGAGAGAGAUGCAGCCCUCGAGGCCGAGAAAUUGGCAGCCGAAGUUAAACGAAAGGAGGAAUUGGAGGUUUUACGACGGCGAGAACUCGAACGGAGAGCGGCCGAAGCAGAAAGACGGGAGAAAGAAGAAGAGGAGAGACUGAGGAGAGAGGAAAUCGAACGACAAGAAAGACGGAAGAGAGUGGAGAUGAUUAUGAACAGAACAAGGAUGACGUCGACUGUGAACAAUAAUAUGACAAAAGCUGAAAGCUAUUCGUCUUUAGAGGAUCUCUCGGUGAAAUUAUCAGACGAGUGUCAUUCGAGCACUGUUUCCGAAAUUCUUCAGAAGAUGAAGGAAAAGACGAGAGUCAGUCCAAGCCCCGAGAAAGAUCUCGAACAACAAAAAGAAAAUCAGGAAAUUUGUGGCAAUUCACAAAAGGAUUCUGUCGACGGCAAAAACGAAAGCUCGGCUCAUGUUUUCAGAGCGAUUGAUAAUUCUCAGACCACGGAAUUAACGGCGACAAACGAAAUUUAGAGCUUCAAAUGUGUGUUCAAAACACAUCUAGCCUUAGCAUUAGUAAUUUGACGAAGAUUAAUGAUACCUCGAAGGACACUAGCAGUGCACCG